UCAAGAAAGGAGUUACGAAGAAGUUUACCCUUUUAUUUUAAUCCUCUCUUCUCCCGUCCUGUCUCUCACACUUGCUUGCGCUUCUCUCUUCUUCGCUUCCGACUUGGACUUCCAGUUCCGCCUCACGCAGAUCGAACAAGCGAGCGAUGGCGACGAGCCUUUGGCAAGCCGUGACUGGUGCAGGUCCGAUAGCGGAAGAAUACGCUGGAGUGGAGUUCUGGUCGAAUCCGGAACGCACAGGUUGGCUGACGAAGCAAGGAGAGUAUAUAAAGACAUGGCGUCGCCGCUGGUUUGUGCUGAAACAAGGGAAGCUCUUCUGGUUCAAAGAUUCAUACGUGACUCGUGCUUCUAAGCCUCGAGGAGUUAUUCCUGUUGGUAAUUGCCUUACCGUCAAAGGUGCUGAAGAUGUCCUUAAUAAGCAGUUCGCUUUUGAGCUUUCCACCAGCCGAGAGACUAUGUACUUUAUUGCUGAUUCUGAUAAGGAGAAAGAGGAGUGGAUCAACUCUAUCGGUCGUUCCAUCGUUCAACACUCGAGAUCUGUUACCGAUAAUGAAGUCGUCGAUUACGAUAGCAAGCAAUGAAGAUCUAAGAAUCUGAUUUCCAUACGACGUCCGUGUUCGAUGCUUGUGUACACUAUAGGUGCGCCUCGAUCUUGAAUUUGUAUCUUGAACCGUUUCUUUUUUAAUCGAUGCGAGAGGACGCUGUUGUUAAUUUCGAAAAUCCGAUGUACAGAGCUCUGCUUUGUUUUGGGUUAUUUUUUUUUUUUCCCCUGUUAUUCUUCACUCUCUCUGGCCGGAUCUCGAAGGUCUCUUGGUGUAAUUUUGGCGUCCUCUUGUUGUAAUUUUAGUGUCUUGUGUGUCACGAAUCAGGAUUGAUUUCUAGGGUUUUGGAAUGUUUGUAUAUCUUAUCUUUUGUUAAACUGUAUCAUGUGGAUCCAUAAAUUUCUCCUUAAAAUGUAUUAUUCUCUUUGGUUA